UUUCCUGAUAUCAGGCAGAUGCAACCAUUAAGUGGAAUUUAUAUAAUGAUGUUUUAUCAGGUCAAUCCAACUGAGCUUUGAGCAUAGCUGUCAGGACAGGAGGGUCUGUUACAUUUCAAGAAUCACAGUUAGAUUCAAUAAUUUCCAUGACAACAGGAUGGUUUGUUUCUACAUUAUUCUUUAGGUUGGGUCGAUGCUGGAAUACACGACGGUAAUGCUUCAGUCAAAUAAGAAUCUGGAUCUAGUGGAUUUAAAGGUGGUUUCUUAGGACUUUUACCAACUGCUUUUCUAGUCUGGAUGACGACCCAAAGCAAUUGUUCAGGAUAAUAAAAUAUAAAAAAUUUAAUGAGAGAGGGACUUUGAAGCUCAGUCACCUACAGAACGGUUGUUGUGUCUGUUCCGAAAGCUUCCCCCGUCACCCCCCCCCCCCCCCCCGACUCUGUGGUUUUGGUGCAACGUACUUAAACAUGAACUUGAAACCGCUGUGACAUUUCUAAAGAAGAAACAGUAACGUGAAGGCAGACAAUCAGCUCUCAAGCACCGGAGGAGGAUCUUCUCUUUCUACCUUCCUCUACACUUCAUGGAAACUUUGAGAAACUGGAGUUCGCUAUGUGGAUAUUUUGUGUUUAUCUUCCUCACAACCGUAAGCAAAGACGCCUGUUUCUCUGAAGGGUCUGCAUGUGAAGCUCCUACAAGUCCGGAGUGCUUCACGAAAAAUGCAAUCGAAACGGUUUACAAUUGUGAAUGGAGCAUGAACCGAACUGAUGGCAUUGUGACGUUUGACCUUUACUUUAACAGUAAAACCAAGUUUGAGGUCUUUAACAAGACCUGGCAUACGAUCCCUGAGGAAAAGCUGAUCCAACGUCGAGAGGUUUUCAUUUGGGUGGAAGCUCAUGUAGGAAACUCCAGCUGCUCAUCGCCCAGGAGGUCUGUGGUGCUCAGAGACAUAGUUAAGUAUGAUGCACCACAAAUUACUUCCAUGUCCUGGUCAAAUAGCAGCCUCAGCUUAAUGUGGGAGGCUCCGGAGAAACAUCCAGCUUUGACCGAGGUUUGGUUGAGAGGAGAUGGACACCCCGCAGAAUUGCGGAAAGAAACAUUUACCAGAAUCAACACAGACCAGGUGACCGUGGCAAAUCUCUCGCAGCAUUCAACUCACUGGGUUCAGAUCAGACAACGGUCCACUCAGGUCAAAAGCCCGCUAUGGAGCAACUGGUCUCCAUGGGUGAAAGUUCCUGCAGAGCUUGCACACGCGCCUGAAGUCAACGUGACAACCAAACGUUUGAACGGCACGAGAGAGGUGACGCUGACUUGGAAGCUGAGGUCCCACGCAGCAGCAGCAGCAGCAGGAGUGACCUACCAACUGAGUGACACACAGUCUUCUCUGGGAUGUCCUUGUGCGAGGACAGAGAAGAGGAGACAUUAUUUGUUUUGAGACACCUCAAAACAAAUAAUUUCACCAUUUACGUGUCAUACUCUCCCGUCGACAUCCAUGUCACAGCCAGAAACGCAGCAGGGUCUUCUCCUUGUGCAACUGUUCAUGUGCCAGCCGAACCUACUGCGGAUU